GCUUCCGCUGAAAUACUUCCGGGUCAUCUCACUCAAAAUCUUUAGAGGCAAAAUAAUCUGUUCGACCGCAGUACGAGUCAAAUUGAGCCUGUGAACGUGUACAUAAAAAAUUUAAGAGAAAAGGUUUCAACACAUGGAUUUUUAACAAUUUUUACAGACAAUUGUAGCAGUCUUACGCUGCAGCUGGUGGCUCUAUUCACCCGCCCGCUGCAAUUCGCCAUUAGAGGAAGAAGAGGAAUAAAGACGAGGAGGAACAGGAAAGGGGGUAAAGCCACUGGCAGAUCACGUCGACGGAUCAAGUCAGCCGCAGUCAGACCAAGUCCAUCUCUAACCUACCUCUUACCACACAAAUCAAUGAACAAGCCAACGACUCCAUCAGGUGGUGACACAUUUGUGAAUAUAUAGAAAGAUGCCAAGACAUUGUUCAGCAGGUGGCUGCAAAUCCCGGGACAACCGUGAAACUCGUAAUGCUGGGAUCACCUUUCACAGAUUACCAAAAGGUGCCACUCGGAGGAACCUCUGGAUCACCAACUCCCACCGUGCAGGCUCCUGGGAUCCUCAGACUGACUUUUUCUACUUCUGUUCCAAACACUUCAGCCCAGAGAGCUUUGAGCUGACCGGAUGCAGUGGAGUCCGAAGACUAAAAGAAGAUGCGCUUCCUACAGUUUUUGAUUCCUCUUCAAAAACAAAAUGCAAAAGGGCAGGAGCAGUGCAGAAACAAGAAGACAUCCUUGUCAGGCAGAGUCCCUGCUCAAGUAACCAGGAGCUCACUCCGCACGACACAGAUCAGUAUCCUCCUUCAGACAAAGUCACAGUCCAGAGGUCAACAGAAGCAUGUGAGGAGACUAAUGAAAAGAACCCUGCAUCUCUCCAAGAGCCAUCAGGGGUGGAGGACCUCUCACAGCAAGAACAUGCUUUUUCACCACUACCAGAGUCUCGUUCCAUCUCCCCAUCACGUUACAUGAGGCGCCUGCCCCCUCCUCCAGGCUUCUACUUGUCAAAAGAACACAGCUACGCUCAGCACUGCCCCCUGCUGUGGAGGAGACGGUAUGACCAGGCUGUUGACUACCUAGAGAAGGCAUUGCGGCAGCUGCAUGCAGCCAGGCGCAGGGAGAACCGUUUGCGGAGCACUGUGCUGAGGCUCCGGGAUAGACGGAUGAAGAACCCAAUACUGGUUUCACAAGAUGGUAGUAAACAGAAGGGGACAGUAGGGGGAAAGAAGAGACGAGAGAAAGAAUGUUGUAACGAAGGUGAGAGCGAGACUGAUGCUAAAUCAGAGGAAACAGGGUUGUUUGAGGACAAAUGUGUCGAUCCCAUGGAGUGUGGCCGUCAUUUUCUUCCAGACACUAACAGCUGGUCUGAGGAAGAGAAGGGAUACUGUUUUUACUGUGGGAGAGGGCAGGUUCAGGUUGGUGGUCAGGUAGCAUUCACACUUUCAAAGACUGAGAAAGAUGUCGAGUCCACAUUGUAUGAAGACUCAGAGAGGAUUCAAAGAAGUGUUAAAACCAGUAUAUGUGUCAGAGCCGAAAAUGCCAAAGGCAUACAGAAAUUUAGGCCGGAAAGACCACUUGAAAAAACGGUAGAAACUAAUGAUCCAGGUAUUGCACAUUCCCAAGUCCUGGUCCAAACUCCACGCCUUCAACAUGUAAUCCCUGCUUGUGUGUCUGUGCCUGCUACUCACCAUCAGAGUUCACAGUUUCUACACUCUCAGCAGAAGCUCUUCAUGUCUGAUGCAUAUGAAGGGAAUUCAGAAGCUGUGGACCUGCAGCAUCAGCUGUUUUUUAUUCCGGACAGUACUGAGGGCCAGGUCAUUGUGGUCCCUGCUCCUGCUAAAGAGAGACUACAAAGCUUUCUCACGACAGAAGGGGUCGCUGAGGAAGCAAAGACUAUAUUGGUGUCAGAACUGGAUCUUAAAAGAUACUUAGGAUACACGACAAGGAACAGUGAAGGUGUGGGAAGAGUUGAAACAGCCUGUUACUAUGAACACAGUGACCAGCAUUCUGUUAUCAACAGUGCAAUGUUAGAAAGGAGAGAAGAUGUGAGGGAGAAACUUAAAGAACACCUGGAGGGAUUUCAUCUUCAGCUGAGCAGCGAGUUUAUAAAUUGACAGCAUGUUCUGAAUGAAAACUAAAAUUUGUAAUUACAGAGUAGAUAAUUAAAUGACCUGUGCUUGUCUUUUCUGCUAGCAGAGUCGAACAUGUUGAAUGAGGUGUAAACCUAAUUUAUAUUAAGAUUAAAUAUAUGACACCACA